UGCUGAUUUGAUAAUAGUAAAGUGAAGUUAUCUGGUGCCAUAGUCCAGUUAGCCACCUAGCUCUCAGCGGGCGGCGCCGUCGCUUCCCUCAACUCUCCCGUGUGGAGUUAGACAGGCCGGUGAUUCGUGCGAGGUGUCACUCCGUGAGAGGCUGUGACGUUGGCCGACGCCGCCGCUCGCCUCCCGGAGCGUGUCGUCACAGCUGUAGCUCGUGUGGCGCGCUCCGCUUGUCCAGCUGCUAGAUGACGACAUAGCGUCGCGGCUCUCCCAACGUCGCCCGAGUCUGCGGCGUCUGGGCUCUUACAUUGAAGAUGGCACGGCCCGUCGACUCUGACGAAAACACCCCGUUGCUCCGGGACGAUGCAAGCAGGUGAGGGCAGAGUUCCACUCGGAUUGAAACACUGAACAGGUGACGACUCUCAGGAUGAGGACUACAAGAAUCGGUGGAGGUCCAUCCGAGUCAUGUACUUCACCAUGUUUCUCAGCAGCGUAGGUUUCACCAUUGUCAUCACAUCACUUUGGCCCUAUUUGCAAAAGAUUGAUGGCAGCGCUAACGCCACCUUCUUGGGAUGGGUGGUGGCGGCCUACAGCCUCGGUCAGAUGAUCGCCUCGCCCCUCUUUGGCUUGUGGUCUAAUCACCGACCACGCAGGGAGCCGUUGGUGUGCUCCAUCUUCAUCAACCUUUCGGCUAAUAUCUACUACGCCUACGCAUACCUGCCCGUGACCAAUAACAAGUUCCACAUCCUCAUGUCCAGGGCCUUUGUCGGCUUCGGAGCAGGCAAUGUUGCCGUGGUGAGGUCGUAUGUUGCUGGAGCUACAUCGCUGAAGGAGAGAACCGGCGCCAUGGCAAACAUGAGCGCCUGUCAGGCCCUGGGUUUCAUCCUGGGACCAGCUCUUCAGGCGGGCCUGUCGUUCAUCGGUGAGCGUGGUGUCACAGUGAAGAUCAUUGAUCUGCAGAUCAACAUGUACACUGCUCCUGCUUUACUGGCUGUUGCCUUUGGCCUCAUCAACAUCCUGCUGGUCGUCUUGGUGCUGAGAGAGCACCAUGUAGAUGACCAUGGACGACACAUUCAGGCCAUCAACUACAUAUUAGAAGAAAGCGUUGGCAUUGAUGAAGAAACUGAGGAAACCAUCGACCAGGUUGCGGUCCUGACCUCCAACGUCCUCUUCUUCAUCGUCAUGUUCAUCUUUGCCAUCUUUGAGACCAUCGCCACCCCUUUUUCCAUGGACAUGUUUGCCUGGACAAGGAAAGAAGCAGUUAUAUACAAUGGCGUUAUCAUGUGCUGCAUUGGAUUCGAAUCCAUCCUGGUGUUUCUGGUUGUAAAAGUGGUUUCUCAAAGGGUUGGCGAUCGUCCUGUUUUGCUGGCAGGCUUGGCCAUUAUAUUCUGUGGCUUCCUUACCCUGCUUCCAUGGGGCAAUCAUUACCCCAAGAUCCAGUGGGCGGACUUAAAAAACAACUCGUUGGUCAGUCAGAUAUCUGAAGCCACGUUGGCCUCCAACAGCUCUUUGGAGCCGACAGGCUGUCCGUAUCAACAGACCUGGUGUCAGUAUACCCCUGCCAUACACCUUGCCCAGUACAUCUCAUCUGACAUCUUGAUCGGGAUGGGAUACCCAGCCUGCAAUGUGAUGUCCUACACACUGUAUUCCAAAAUCCUCGGCCCCAGGCCUCAGGGUGUGUACAUGGGGUGGCUGACGGCCUCUGGUAGCGGUGCAAGGACAUUGGGUCCUGUCUUUGUCUCCCAGGUUUACACCCUCCUGGGACCUCGUUGGGCCUUUAGCCUCAUCUGCGGAAUCGUGUUAGGGGCCAUCAUCUUCCUGGGCUCUGUUUACCACAGACUCAUCGCAUUUUCUGUACGCCACGGACAAGCGGUAGAAUAACAAUUCUCGCAGGAGAGACUGGUGGCACUUUCCUACUUUUAUCCUCAAAGACUUUAAGCCAAAAUCUUGGCUACGACGACGGCUUUUUUGUUGCUGUUGCCCACUUUACAGCGAGGUUAUUGAUAAGCGUUUGAGAGUUUGUGACUCAGGGUGGACCUUUAAACUCUUAAGGCGAAGAGAUAAGGCCAGGUUAUUCCUCAGGACUAUACCAAAGAUGGCUGCUUCACUUUGAGUUCACAUGGAGCUAGAAGUGCAGCCGCACUUUAAGUUGUUGUGACGCAUUCAAAAUUAUGUCAGGCAUUGUCCUGUUUGAGGUGGAGGCAGGAUAUUGAACAGAUUGAAGUUUUAAAUCAAGAAGUUACUAAACAUUUGUUACUGAAAUUUUGUAACUUGUUGCAUUUAUGGCAUCGUUAGUUUUAAAGAUGAUUAAAUUCAGAAAUUUAUGAACACAUAAAUGAGACUACUUUAGCAAAGCAUUUACAAAACCCAUAAAGGUUUAAGACUGACUUUGCGUUAAAUUGUGAAAUCAAUUUUUGAAAUUCACAGGCGCAUGUGAACAACCAUGGUCACAAUAAUGGUACUUAAAUACUGUUGAAUUGUUUUCUGUUUUUACUGAAGAAAAUGUGCUGACGAUUGUUUAAUGUUUAAUUCAUUGGAUUUGACAUUCCUUAUACAUGUUAACUACACUUUCAAAGUUCUUAAUUUCCUGUUUCUGGGAAAAGUGUUGGUUUUAAUGUGGGAUUUUUAUUGUGCAAGGUAUUUCACUCUUGAGAGAUAAACAAACAUUAUGCACGGAUGAUCAUUUGAAUAUUUCCAGUAAAACAUUUCCACAUUGAACUAAUCCUAGUUCAAUGAACUGCAAGGGGAAAAUAUUGAUAUUAUUUUUCCUACUUCCGUUAAAGCUGUUGUGGUCAUUUUAGAACUACAGGUCUUCUACCUGAAAUGAUUCAGAAAGUGAUGUGUGAAUGUAUGUAUGCUAUUGAUUAACUGAGUGAUGGAUUGAAGAUUUAAUGUGA